CAUUAAAUGCCAGUGGCUGAUAAGGAAGAGCAACUUUCCCCAUCCCCGCUCCUCGCUCUGUCGGUGAUCCCGACCCCCCCCUGACCUUGUCUUCCCCUCCCCAGGAGUCGUGCCGUUGCUGCUGGUUCUGCAAUGGAAGCCGGGGUCCUGCACCCCCCUGCCCGUGACCCCGACCAACUCCAUGUGUGCCAACAGGCAUCUAUGCCAGAACGUGACCCACCAGAUCCGAAGUCAGCUCAACCAACUCAACAGCAGCGCCCAGGGCCUCUUCGUCCUCUACUACACGACGCAGGGUGAGCCCUUCCAGAGCAAACACGACAAGCUAUGUGCCCCCAACGUGACGGACUUCCCGCCCUUCCACCCGUCCCGCCAGAAGAAGGAGCGGUUCAUCGAGCUAUACCGCAUCGUCGUGUACCUCAACGCCUCGCUGGGCAACGUCUCCCUGGACCAGGCCCGCCUCAACCCCGGCGCCCUGAGCCUGCGCGGCAACCUGACGGUCACCACGGCCAUCCUCCGCGGGCUCCUCAACAACCUCACCUGCCAGCUCUGCAACCGCUUCCAAGUCUUCCACGUGGACGUGACCUACGGGAGCUACAGCCGGGAGAAGGACCAGUUCGAGAAGCGCAAGCUGGGGUGCCAGCUCCUGGGGAAGUACAAGGAGGUCAUCGCCAAGGUCGUCCAGGGCCUGUAGGCAGACGCGGGCGUUGGAGCGGAGGGCCGGAGAAGCCCUUCGGGUCAUCCCCGGGAGCACUUGGUUGGUGGGAUGCCCACC